AUGUCGAGAGUUUACAUCGGUCGUUUGCCUGCCAGGUGUUGCGAGAGGGAUAUCGAGAAGUUCUUCAGAGGCUAUGGGCGUCUUCGGGAUAUCGUUCUGAAAACCGGUUACGGUUUUGUUGAAUUUGACGAUGAGCGAGAUGCGGAUGAUGCCGUGUAUGACCUCCACGGCAGAGAGCUGAGGGGUGAGCGUAUUGUUGUUGAACAUGCUAGGCUGCCACCUGGGGCCAGAGGAAUUAGGCGCUAUGGUCCCCCCACUCGUACCGACUAUCGCGUCAUCGUCGAGAAUCUUUCAUCUCGCGUCAGCUGGCAGGAUUUGAAAGAUAUGAUGAGGAAGGCAGGCGAGGUUACGUAUGCCGAUGCACACAAACAAGUGCGAAAUGAAGGGUAUGCACUUUCCUUUCAACUAAACCCCUUUAGCAUUGUUGAAUUUGCAACUUAUAAUGAUAUGAAAGCUGCCAUUGAUAAGUAUGACGGAUAUGUACUCUACGAGAGGCGUCUGAAGGUGUAUGCUGACAAGCCGCGCCAUCGUUCAAGGUCUGGUUCGCGGCGUAGUAGGAGCAGGAGGAGUUCUAGACGCUCUAAGAGUCGAGGCUCCCGACGCAGAGAUAGGUCUCGAUCGGAUAGUCGUCGGCGAUCAUCGUCCAGGCAUUCACGUUCCGAUCGCGACCGUUCCCGUCGCAGUGACCACUCUCGAUCGGAUGAAUCGCGGAAGUCUGGGUCUAGGUCAAGGUCAAGGUCUCGUAGGUCGGAUAGGUCAACUUCACACCGGAGCGAUCGCCGAUCUGCUGGUCGUCACAGCUGUUCUGCUAGCAGGAAUGGUGAUGGUUCGACCGCCGAUAAGGCGAGAUCUCGUUCGGCCUCUCGGGAUCGUUCUAGAUCGGGCUCACACGAACGCUCGCGAUCUCCGUCCCGAUCUGGUUCUGAGCGUAGAUCGCGCUCUGGAUCGCCGGUCGAACGCUCGCGCUCAGCGUCCAAGUCGCGUUCUAGGUCGCGUUCUAUGUCUGAAACUGAGGAGGCGCGUCAGGAAGUCGUCGAACACCACAGCGAGGAUGAGAAACAAGAGUCCAUGGAAAACUGA